CUGUGUUUGUACUUGUAAGUUUUAAUAAGUCCCACCCUCCCUCCCCUUCCCUUCCCCAUUUGUCACUUUCCCUCUCUUCCAUUACCGUUUCUCCCUUCAAACUUCCACCAUUUCUUCCCGUUUUUCUUUCUUCUGCAGUCAAGCCUUCAGUAUUUCCCCACACUGCUUUCCCUCCCUUUCUCUGGAAGGAAGGAACUCAGUGCGAGUGAGUGAGAGCGGUCUGCCUCGCCUCUCUAAUUUCUCCCAAAGGCAGAGUUCCUAUUCACCUCCGGAGGCCUAGAUUUCCAUUCACAAAGGAAGAGACACAAUGUCGGCUGUUAAAGAUGAAGACCCUCGUAUCGAUGGCAUCAAAACUAAAAUUCGUGUCGUCCCCAAUUUCCCUAAACCAGGUAUUAUGUUUCAGGAUAUAACAACUCUGCUUCUGGAUCCAAAAGCUUUCAAGGAUACAGUUGAUUUGUUCGUCGAGCGUUACAAGGGCAAAAACAUUUCGGUCGUUGCAGGAAUAGAAGCUCGAGGGUUUAUUUUUGGACCUCCCAUUGCAUUGGCCAUCGGUGCAAAGUUUGUUCCUUUAAGGAAGCCCAAAAAGCUUCCUGGUGAAGUUAUCUCGGAGGAGUACACACUGGAGUAUGGAAGCGACCGCCUCGAGAUGCACGUUGGAGCUGUUAAUAAGGGAGAACGUGCCCUGGUGGUCGACGAUCUGAUUGCUACUGGUGGCACUCUUUGUGCAGCCAUGAAUUUACUCGAACGAGCAGGAUCAGAAAUUGUGGAGUGUGCCUGUCUUAUCGAGUUGCCCGAGUUGAAGGGGCGGGAUAGAUUGCACGGGAAGCCAUUGUAUGUGCUUGUAGAGUAUCACUAGAGGGUUCGGUUGCAGAUUUUGGCUGAAGUGAUUGUUGUAUCACUACUUGAUUAGUUGAAUUUGGAUUUUAAAUUAUUGUGGCUAUUGCUGUAAGUUAUCAAAGCUAGUGAGCCUAGUAUAACAGCAGACAUUAUUGAUUUGAAGUAUCAAUAUGAAUAUAUUAUGGUCUAUGGACACUAAGUAUCCAUCCAUGACCAUCUUUUCUCACUCACUUCAUAGAUAAAGUUUGUUUGAUGUGAGCUAAAUCAUUGUUUAUUCCUAUCCAUCAAGUCAAAUAGGAUGAUUUAAUAGUAAGGAAUGAGUCAUUUCGUAGCAAUAUACUGUUUGAAUAUGG